AUGGAUGCACGCGUGGAUUCAAGGGCCGCCUCGGUAGAGGACAAUGACAAUGCCGACAUCAACGCUCCGCUCAAGGCCGCCCCGAAGCUAGUUGCCCCCGAGCCUGAACACUGCCCCGGCCCCGAGUCGCAGAGUGCUGGUAAAGGCGAUGCCUGUGCUGGCUGUCCGAAUCAGCAGAUUUGCGCCACCGCUCCCAAAGGUCCCGAUCCCGACAUUCCUCUCAUUACCGCCCGUCUCGCCUCGGUGAAGCACAAGAUUCUCGUUCUCAGCGGCAAGGGUGGUGUCGGCAAAUCCACCUUCACUACCAUGCUAGCUCACGCCUUCGCCGCCAACCCCGAUGCCCAGGUUGGAAUCAUGGACACCGACAUCUGCGGUCCCAGCAUCCCAAAAAUGAUGGGCGUAGAACAAGAGACUAUCCACGUGAGCAACGCUGGAUGGAGCCCUGUCUGGGUCACUGAAAACCUUGGUGUCAUGAGCGUACAGUUCAUGCUGCCCAAUCGCGACGACGCUGUCAUCUGGCGCGGCCCCAAGAAGAACGGCCUUAUCAAACAAUUCCUCAAGGAUGUAGAAUGGGGCGAGCUGGACUAUCUGGUUGUCGACACUCCUCCCGGUACCAGCGACGAACAUCUCAGUGUCAACAGUUUCCUCAAGGAAUCUGGAGUUGACGGUGCCGUUGUUGUCACCACUCCACAGGAAGUCAGUCUGCUCGAUGUACGCAAGGAGAUCGAUUUCUGUCGCAAGGCUGGAAUUAAGGUGCUUGGUAUCGUCGAGAACAUGUCAGGCUUCGUCUGCCCCAAAUGCACCCACGAGAGUCAGAUUUUCAAGGCGACCACUGGCGGUGCUAGACGUUUGGCCCAGGACAUGUCUAUACCUUUCCUCGGUGCAGUCCCUCUGGAUCCUCGCAUUGGCAUGGCUUGCGAUUUUGGCGAGAGCUUCUUCGACAAUUUCCCCGACAGUCCGGCAUGCAAUGCUCUACGUCACGUCGUCCGCAGAGUCGGCGAAGAGAUGGGCGUUGACACUUCUUACCACGAGGAUUGA